CAUACAUAACCCACAACUUUCAUGUAUUUACAUAUGUCAAGCCAAACCUUCAUAUUUACACGUAGCAAUGAUGACAAAAUAGACUUUGUAAUCCUCUCACCGGGCGGUAACCCCACUCUCCAACCAAUGAAUCAGCAGUAGAAAACGCCCUCCUUUAAUAACGCGACAACGACCCCUGUUCUCCCACUCCUCAAUCCGACGAAAUGGACCACAAUUCCCGGCCCCCCAAUUCUCCCACCUCAUGGCCUCUCUUCUCCUCCCCGCCCCCAGCCGGCGGCGACGAGUUCCACUCCUCCGACGAUCUCCGUCAAGCCCUCCUCCGCACCACACUCGAGCUCGAGUCCACCCGCUUCAUAGCCCAAGAAGAGCUCCGCCGUCUCGAGGCCUACGCCCUCCACCUCUCCCAUCUCCUCAACCUCGCUUCACGCGAACGAGACGAAGCUCGCCUCCACGCUCACUCCCUCCUCCUCCUCCUCGAUCACCGCCACCGCCCCGCGCCCGCCUCGUCUUCCUCGGAAGAGGAGAGCUCCCCUGCUGCAGCGGUGGCGGAGGAGGAGAUGGAAGCGGCGGCGAGGAAACGGGGAUUGCCGGAAAAGGGGCGACUUUUGGAGGCGGUGAUGACUGCGGGGCCCUUGCUUCAGACGCUGAUGCUCGCCGGACCGUUGCCAGAGUGGAGACAUCCGCCACCGGCGAUGCAGGGGUUUGAGAUUCCGCCGGUAGUUAUGAACGCGGGUGAUCCGAGGAGCAGGAGAGGGUCGCCGGAGCUGGAGUCGGAGAAUAAGGUGCAGUUUUUAGGCUGAAGAAUUUAGAUGGGGAUUAUUAGAAGAUGAGAUUAUGUCUAUGAUUGCUUCUUCUUCCUUCUCUUUAGAAUUUUGGAUAAUACUCUGGUUUGCAAAUAUGGAGAAAUCUCUAAAUUAUUUCGUAAA